AUGUCAUACGCACCAUUUCCAAUGACGAAGCAAUGGGACGACGACGGCAGUGACCGUCCUUCCACGAACUCCUCCAACGAGCAACCAGAAUAUGCGGCUCAUAUACGCUCCAGGUCGACUGCCCACACCCACAGUCCCAAGCGUCUCUCCGUCUUUAGCGGCCGCUCAAGGAGUAACACUACCACCUCAACCUCGACGUCGUCACGUCGUUCCCCAAGCUCGUCAAUGACAUCGACGGAUAGCUCCAUUCCAGACGAGCGGACGGUGUCCUCGCUGGGUAUUCGUUCCGAUAAGGACAAGUCCUCCCGCUCCCUGCUAGCGCGGGGAAGCCGUAUCCUCCGGAGACAGGGCAGCAAGAUCAAUAUCGUCGCCACGCUGGACGAGGAAGACGAGCUUGAUCGUGAAAAGCCCCGGGAAAGAGAGCUCUUUGGUCGUCGUGCUCGCCACAUCGAGAACAGUGCACGCCUGAAGAGCAUUAUAUCUGAUCCAUUCGACUUUCACCACUUGACUCACACCAACCCAUCGCAAUUCCAGGCUUUGGAUCAGACGCGCGAGAAUGAUCUGGUCACCGAGUUCUCCGCAAUUCGCGCAUCGCAACGGCCUCAGACCGAUCUUAAAGGCAUCCGGGCCGAGGACAUUCAUUUCCGCAAUUUCUCCGCCGACGACCUGGCCGUAUUUGGAACUGCCACCACCGUUGAUGUGCCUAGCGUGAGCCCGCCUGCUUCUCCUGAUGGCUACCGCGGCCAUGUGCGCAGAGAAUCUCGCGCAAAUGAGAACUUCUCCCGCCCAGUCCCCAGAUAUCCCCAGCCUCGUGCCAUUGACGAGAUUCUGGGGUUGUCCACCGCCAUGACCUACCCGGAGUGUCUCCAGUCCACACCGCCAACCCGGUUCUUUAGCCCCGAGCCCACGGAUGACAGCGCCAGGACGUCGUCUGUGAGCAGCCAUUGGGACCUGGAAGAUGUCCCAGAGGAAGAGGAAGCAACCCGCUACUGGGAUAGCCCCGAGUCCAGCAUUGGAUGUCCUCAUUCACGCUCGACUUCCCAGGCCAGCCCUGCGCUCAAGGCGGAUUCGCCCAGCAAGAGCGAGCACAAAGCUCCCAUGUCGAUUGAUGUGGCCGAGGAAUUGACCCGCAAGUUCUCUGAGGCUCUCAGCUCCCCGACUCUUCCCCAACACCUUCAACAUCCCCAGGCCCAGGUGGAGGUGACACCACCUGAGCCAAUCGCCAGCCUGCACCGAUUUUCGUACGACGACGAGAUGUACGACUCCUGGGACGCAGACAUCGACUACUGCUACGAGCACGCAGCAGAGUCCACUUCCAACUUCGACUGGACCCGCACAUCCCUCGACGAGUCUCGUCCCCAAAUCGGCGUCGCCUGCGGCGAAGCUCCAUGGUCCCCCAAGACCCGCCACCUCCAGCCCAGCCCCCUCAGCACCUCCGAGCUCCAAACCCCAGACCUUGAUCCAAGCCCAGCAUCCAUCCCCACCCACUCCGCCGUAAACCCCUCCACCGAGUUCACCCAAGUCUUUCGCAGCCCAGACUACUUUCCUGUCAGCACCCUGGGCAAGAUCUCAGAACCCCUGUACGAGGAGUACAUGACCACCGACGGCGAGUCAGACCGCCACUUCCCGUUCGCCGGCCUGCCCAUCUCUCCCCGCAGCAGCUUUUCCCCAAUAAGCAAAUGCAACAGCCAAGAGAGCCUGAUGCUCUCCCGUGCCGCCUCCAUCGCCCGCAAACACCGCUCCUCAGUCUCAACAACCAGCGUCCCAGAGCUGAUUCACUCCCUCUCCAGCAGCCGCGAGCUGAUGGCCACAGACCGCCUCACAGCCGGCGAGGCCCUCACGCGUCCGGCAUCUGCUUCGCACCGCCAGACAAAGAGUCUUGCUGAAGCCCAUCUGCUGCUGCAAAGCCAAAGCGGUAGCAGCACCAGUCUGGAAGAACUGCCGGUCCACGACCGCGCGAAGUCGACUUCGGCCGUUGAUCCGAUCAAUUUGGACGCCCCGCUGCCUCCUCUUCCUCCCAAGAACCCUAACCGCAAGACGAAGACUCGCUCACCCUCUUACUCACUCUUUCCCACUGCUCACUAA